CUGCGAACAGCAGCACUGAAAUCUUCAUCAUGUGGUGAAGUCUUUCUUUGAUCAGCAAUGGAAACGAGGUCGGUUCUUGAUGCGUGCGCAUCGAUCACCAAGCUAUCGUCUGCCGAAGCUGGUGAUGAAAAAGUGUUCGAUUUGAGGCGGAUGCUGGAUUACUCUGACGGAUAGCAUCAUGUCGCCUCUUUUCCUGCGUAGAAAAGCAGCAGUGAAACUGCCACUCAAAUUGGCUUUCAUUUCAGUUGUGUUCUGUGCGACUCUAUUAUUUUCCCGUUUCUCAGAGCGAAAACAUGACGCAUCCGUAAGAGUGGAGAGUGGUAGAGAAGGGUUUAUCUCGAGGCAUGUCUUGGCGAUACCCUACAAAGAGCGACCCCUGAUCGUCGGGGAGAAUGGCACAAUAAGGAUUAACGAAACAUUGGCUAGCAACGGGACGGAAAAGAUACAUGAAUGCACGCCUCCUGCAUACCACGAGUUCCCGCCGGAUGCAUUCACCACUAAGCAGCGUGCUCAAGGGGCGAUCAUCCUCCACACCAUUUUGGUCGUUUACAUGUUCUACGCCUUGGCAAUCGUCUGUGAUGAGUACUUCGUUUCUUCCUUGGAUAAAAUAUGUGAGAGGCUAGGUCUCAGUGAGGAUGUAGCUGGAGCAACUUUCAUGGCGGCUGGCAGUUCCGCACCGGAACUAUUUACAUCCAUCAUUGGAGUCUUCAUUGCUAAAGGAGAUGUGGGAGUUGGAACCAUUGUUGGUUCGGCAGUCUUUAACAUUCUUUUCGUCAUUGGUCUUUGCGGCAUAUUGGCUGGACAGGUUGUGCAUUUGAACUGGUUCCCGUUGUUGAGGGACUCCCUCUUUUACAGUCUCAGCGUAAUAGCCCUCAUUCUGUCCAUAUUCGACGGGAAUGUUUCAUGGUACGAAGCUCUCAUCAUGCUGAUCCUUUACGCAAUAUAUAUCGUCAUCAUGAGGUUCAACACGCGGAUUCAAGCUUACGCUGAGGCACGAUUCGGUAAGCAGGAAGAGGAUGCAAGCAUCAUGCCAGGACCGGGAAAGAUUUACGGACAAAACUAUGGGCUAGAUAAUACUGGGGCACCAGACUACCACAGCAAGUUGGCAAAAAAUAGGCUAGAGAAGUUCCAGAAUGAAGAAAAUGGCCAGAUUCCCAACGGCGCUGUUGUAAAAGCAGACGAAUACUUUGCUAGACCUAGUAGGAAACUAUCCUUUGAAGAUGCCUGCUUCAAGCUUAUGAUCACAAGGCUGUUCCGGCCAAUCACAAGAUUCCGAGCAGCAGCUAAGAUUAUCAUGAUAGAGCGAAAGCGACUUCUUAGGGAUCCAGCUUUUCUGAAAAGGCAAAAAUGGAGGACGUAUAGUGUGGAUGGUAGUAUGCCGUCUUAUACAAAAGCUAUCAGGAAUUGUUUGUCUAUAGCUGAAGAUCCGGAGACAGACGAUAUAUUCCAACUUCCUUCAUUAAAAUCGGGUCCACUCUUCAUUGCCCGCUGGGUUGUGGGAAUUCCUAUCAAAUCUCUGCUGUAUUUUACAGUACCUGACUGUAGAAAAGAUAGGUGGGCAAGAUGGUACAUGGCAACCUUUGGCAUGUCAAUAGUGUGGAUAGCUGCCUUCUCGUAUGUCAUGGUCUGGAUGGUUGCCCUGAUGGGUUACACGAUGGGGAUCCCAGACAGCAUCAUGGGCAUCAGUUUCCUCGCUGCUGGAACCAGCAUACCCGAUGCCAUGGCCAGUGUCAUCGUGGCGCGCCAGGGUAUGGGAGACAUGGCCGUCUCGAACACAAUUGGUAGUAACGUGUUUGACAUCCUAAUGGGCCUUGCAUUUCCAUGGUUCAUCAAGACUGCUCUCGUCUCGCCAGGCCUCACGGUUCAUAUCAACAGUAACGGGAUGAUCUUUUCUGUGUUGCUCCUCUUUCUGACAGUUCUGAUUACGAUUGGAGUCAUCCAUUUUACUGGUUGGCAGCUCAAUAAAAGAUUAGGAAUGAUUUUCUUGGCUGUCUAUGCAGUGUUUCUCACCUUUUCCAUUUGUAUCGAGUUCAACGUAUUCGGGUACGUAAAUCCACCGAUGUGCAGCGAAUAUGACUGAGGGGCAGACGAUAUCGUGAUAUGUCAGAGAUCAACAACAGUUAGAGGUCAGGCAGAGUCAAACAGGCUGCAAAAACAUCCAUGACGUCUUCCAUGUUGGAUCUGGUUCUUAUUCCGUGUCCUUUUACAGGACAUGGUCAUAGGUGGACAAAGGUUUCAUUUACAAUCUGGCGUUCCUUCCAGCUAACCUACCUGACCAACGAAUCUGAAAUUGUCAAGUUUACACUUAGAUGGUUGAGACAGAGGACUAAGUUGGCACAUGGAACAUAGCAUGCAUAUGAAAGCACUUAUGGGAUUACCAGCAUAUGCAUAUUUGGUCCAGAGAUGAUGAAACAUUACAAUAUUUUGAGUCGGAGUAGGACAAGCAAUGAUAAGGAAAAAAACGUGGUGGGUAACAACUAUUGUCGGAACAUGAAGUACCGAUUAAUCCUUGUCACUGGAACGGGAUUUCGUUCCACUAAUGAAUUGGCUGUGUUAAUUGGCUCAGUUUUCACUUGAUUGAAUAUGUAUAACAUAUUUCGAUAUGUAAAGGAUGAUAGAUUUAGAGAAAAACACAAGAAUAUUUUAGGAAUAGAUUUGCGCCUAUUUCUCAAUGGACUGAUCUUCAUUUUGAUGGAUUACUAGCAUAAAAGUUGUAGAGCCACAUUUUAGUGUAGUUCCACCCACUUUAUUUCAUUUUAUUCUAUGUCGAUGAAAAUGCUAGGGUUAAUGUGCAAUGUGUAUAGUGGAGAGGGACUCAGUAAAAGGUUCUAAUAGCAAUGUCCAAACUAAUCUUUCCACUAUAUACACGGCGAGCAAAGGACUCGGUAGGAUUUCCGUUAGUAUUGUCUGCCGGUAUCGAACGUUUGGAUCUUAUCCUGUGAUUUCCAUUGUACAUAUAGGCCUACCAAGUAAAGGGCCCAGUAGCUCAUAAUGGCCUUCCCUGAUUGUAUCUUGUAGGGAGUUGCCGUCAAAGACGCUGCUUUUGCUACGAGAGUAGCCAAUGCUUGCUUUAUCUCCGGACUGGCCUGGUGUAGGCAAUGUGCAUGUGCCUUCAGCCAUUCCAAAUGUCUCUCACCGUUUGCAGCAUUACCCCCAACAUAUUUCUUGUGGUUGCUCAUUUUUGUUAAGUUUGUGUUGCUGGUCUUAAGUCGUAUACGUAUCUUUAAAGAUAGAUUACACUCCUGUUAUUCUGUGUGGCAUUCGAGGAAGGGGGUAGUUAUCGAUAAGUCCGGUAGGAGAAGCGGUAGCUGGGCCUAUUGCUUGUCUGGAUGAUCAGUCAUAAAGAAUGUUCACUGAUUUAUGGCAGGAGUGACCAAUGGCAAUGCCAAAUAUUAGAUGGUACGAUGGUUCAUACAUUCAUUCCCGGGACGGACUCUUUACAACAGCUCUUUACGUCUUUUUUUACCCAUCCAACCACUUUUGAUCUCCUUCCCCCUUUUCCCGCUUGGGGUUUACUGAAAACUCGCGUGAAUGAACAAUCUACCUCACAACCAGUAAUCUAAAUAAUUCGACAGAUCAAAGAAAAACUGCUUUUAGUAUUGCGAGAAUUUAUACCCCUUGUUCAUAAAUCCUCUUUGCUACUGGUAAGUAGAAGUAGGCUAUUGUUCAGUCGAUCAGGAGCAGUAGAGACUUUUGCGGCAGGCUCGUGUCUGCUGUAAGUGUAGCUAGAAUUUUGGACGGUUCUUGACCGAUUUGACAGUAUACAUGUAGGCAGUGCUUAGUAUAUUUAGAAUACAUGUAUACGCAAAGAAGAUAGGUGAAGAGAUAUUUUUGUUAACAUGCUGUUAUUGUUAAUGUUGUUAAUCACGGAUAGUUAGGUUGUUUUUAUGAAUAAAACUAAACAGUAUGUGUGGUUAAAGACUGUGAUAUGUGUUUAUGAACUCUAUUGGUGUUCCUUUUCUUUCCUUCUCAUAAUCAUGUGAGUAAAUAAAUAAUCUGUAGAAAUAUUAUAUGACUAGAACAAUCAAUGAAUUAAAACGUCAUUGUCAAUA